CCAUUAGAAAUGUAAAACUCCAGGUGCUUGUUGCUGUUAUUGUUUGAAACCGCGGCCGUUCGAGGAAUCACGUCAUUGUUGAUCGUAUCUGUGGGCUAUUUACCCAGUCCAAGAUCACACGUUGUUGCUAUUUUGGACCAUUCUGGCGCUAAUAACAACAUCAAUUCGCGGGAAGAUCUGUCGUUACAUUGGCUGCUGAGGUGUGAUUGGUAUGACGACAGUCAGUCAGUGCUGCUCCCACAGAUGAGAUCUACUGCUUUGAUCCUGCCACGACACAACCAGGAAGGAAAAGGACCAGAAUUGGGGCAAUCAAAAGGGGGAGGUGGCAGCAGGAAGGAAUACUGCAGAGUUACUGGCCACCGACAUCUACAUCUUUGGCUAUCAAGGUUUAGUUGCUGAAGAGAAGGCGUCUGACCCGUUCCUGACACCACUGUUGGUCUUUUUCGAGCACGAUGGUCCGGCAGACGGACCCCGCUGAGGGGCAACCUCAGUGAUAAGGAGGCAACGUAAGCCUCAAGUGUGCCCCGGGGACUGGUGUGGGUGUGUCUCUACUGCUCUGGGUGUGAUUGAGCUUGGCGGGAGGGAACGGCUCACUGACCUGCUCUGCCAGCUGCCUCCACAUCCGCCCUGAGCUCUGCCCACCCGCCAUCACCGGGAGAAGGGAGAGGGCCAGGUCGGGACGGGGGGCUUUGUUUUUCGGGGGUGGGGGGGUCGGUGCAGGGUAGCCUAUGCUAUGGUGAGCUGCUCCCUGUCUGCCUGCUUGUGCACAGACUCUGAAGAAUUCUCUGUUCGGCCGCGGGAUAAAGGAUAGCCUUCUUGCCGGGGAGUGGGGAGGCUUGAGGUGCGAGGGGGCCCAGGCCCAGCUCUCUAUACCUGUGCAGCCGUGUGGGUUGGGGGUCCAGCCACAGGCAGGCCCGCAGACGACCGCAGCCAUGGUGAAGCUGGCCAACCCACUGUACACCUCCUGGAUCCUUGAGGCCAUCAAGAAGGUGAAGAAGCAGAAGCAGCGGCCGUCCGAGGAGCGCAUCUGCAAUGCCGUGUCCAUGUCGCAUGGCCUCGACCGCAAGACGGUCCUGGAGCAGCUGGAGCUCAGCGUCAAGGACGGCUCCAUCCUCAAGGUGUCCAACAAGGGGCUCAACUCUUACAAGGACCCAGACAACCCGGGCCGACUGGCCCUGCCCAAGCCCCGGGGCGGUGGAGGAUCAGGGGGUGGAGGAGGAGGAGGUGGUGGUGGUGGUGGAGGAGGAGGAGGAGGAGGAGGAGGAGGAGGCGGCGGCGGCGGCGGCGGCAGCAGCAGCAGCUCUGGGUCCCACAAGAAGCCCGGGCUGGACUGGAAUAAACUGAUCAAGCGCGCACUGGACGGCCUGCACGAGCCCGGUGGCUCCACGAUCAAGAGCAUCGAGCGCUUCCUCAAGUGCCAGGCCGACGUGGCGGCCUACCUGUCGGGCAGCAGCGCCCUGGCGCCAGGGCUCUUCCACCAGCAGCUGCGGGUGGCACUCAAGCGGGCCGUGGCGCACGGACGCGUGCUCAAGCAGGGCCCGCUCUUCCGGCUCGCCAGCCGCAGCUCGUCAUCGCACCAGAACGACGGCACGGGUUGCGUCUCGCUCGACACACUGCCGCCCGUCCGCCUGCUCCCACACGAGAAGGAUAAGCCUGUGGCCGAGCCGAUUCCCAUCUGCAGCUUCUGCCUGGGGACCAAGGAGCAGAACCGCGACAAGAAGCCGGAGGAGCUCAUCUCCUGUGCAGACUGUGGCAACAGCGGCCACCCGUCCUGUCUGAAGUUCUCCCCUGAGCUGACGGAGCGGGUCAAGGCUCUAUGGUGGCAGUGCAUCGAGUGCAAGACCUGCAGCAGCUGCCAGGACCAGGGCAAGAAUGCGGAGAAUAUGUUGUUUUGUGAUUCUUGUGACCGGGGUUUCCACAUGGAGUGCUGUGACCCCCCACUGUUGCGGAUGCCAAAAGGCAUGUGGAUCUGUCAGAUCUGCCGGCCGAGGGAAAAGGGAAGACGGCUCUUGCACGAGAAAGCAGCACAAAUCAAGCGACGCUACAACGCCCCGCUGGGUCGGCCCAAGAACAGGUCCAAACGGCCUUUUAAGAAGUUUCGUGGGGGCAACGGAGGUGGUCGAGGCCGUCGGCGGGGGCGGCCCUCGGCGGCUGACCGUCGCUCGCAGGGCUCGUCAUCGCCGCACUCUUCGUCCAGCUCCUCGUGCGAGGGCUACCCGGGAGACGACCAGCUGCUCUUCCCCAUGCGCCACGACGACGACUCGUCGACUAGCAGUGGCCUGUACUUCAACAAGAAGACCAAAGGCCUGAUAGACGCGCUCAGCAAGUUCUUCACGCCCUCGCCGGACGGGCGCAAAGCACGCUCCGAGACGGUGGACUACUCGCAGUGCCGCAUCCGCAAGAAGAACAGCCGCAAAGGCGAGCAGGAUGACCGCUCGGGAGGUGAGACCUCUGACAAUCAGGAUGGCGAAGACUGGCGUGAUGAGGAGGAUAAACUGCCGGGCCAUGAGAACCUGACGGAGAAAGACGUCGAACUCUUCAGACACAUCCAGCAAGUGGCACUACAGAAAGUCGGUGUAACAGGACCGCCGGAUCCGCACAUGCGCUGCCCGUCCGUCAUCGAGUUCGGGAAGUACGAGAUCCAGACAUGGUACUCCUCUCCCUAUCCGCAGGAGUUCAGCAGACUUCCCAAGCUGUACCUGUGUGAGUUCUGCCUGCGCUACAUGAAGAGCCGCAGCAUCCUGUACCAGCACAUGCGCAAGUGUGGCUGGUUCCAUCCGCCAGCCAACGAGAUCUACCGGAAGGAUGAUGUUUCCGUGUUUGAGGUGGACGGCAACGUCAGUACGAUAUACUGUCAGAACCUGUGCUUACUGGCCAAGCUCUUUCUGGACCACAAGACGUUGUACUACGACGUGGAGCCUUUCCUCUUCUACGUGCUCACACAGAACGACAGCAAGGGAUGCCACCUCGUUGGAUACUUUUCCAAGGAGAAACACUGUCAGCAGAAGUACAAUGUGUCCUGCAUCAUGAUUCUUCCACAAUACCAGCGCAAGGGCUACGGCCGCUUUCUCAUUGACUUCAGCUACCUGCUGUCCAAGCGUGAGGGUCAGCCAGGCUCGCCGGAGAAGCCUCUGUCGGACCUGGGCCGCCUGUCCUACAUGGCCUACUGGCGCAGCGUGGUGCUGGAGUGCCUGCACGAGCUCGGCGACCGGCAGAUGACCAUCCGGCAGCUCAGCAAGAUCACAGGCAUCUGCCCGCAGGACAUCACCUCCACCCUCCUCCACCUCAACAUGCUGGAGCAACGCGGGGGCCGGUUGGUUCUGGUGCGUCGGGAGAAGUUGAUCUCAACACACAUGAGCCGUCUGCAGGCGAGGCCUCGGCAGCUAGACGUGGACCCUGACUGUCUGCGCUGGACCCCGGUGAUCGUGUCCAACAUUGUGGUGUCUGACGGGGAUGGAGAGGAUGACGAGGAUGAAGAAGCGGAGGAAGAGAGGGAGGAAGAGAAUGGCAAAGAGAUUAAGCCGAUCCACAAGACGCCGCCACUCUCUUGGCACAGGGCAGUGGAGCGGGGGGAGGAGGAGGAGGAGGAGGAGGCCGAAGAAGAGAGGAAGUGCUUCCCCUCCCCCUUCCCCAGCAGGCCGAGCCCUCCGUCCUCCUCCCCAGUCCGCCGCUCACCUCCCAGUCCGGUCAGAGCCCCUGCCCCCGCCAACGGGGAGCGCCGGGGCCGCGGCCGGCCGCCCAAGAACUGGCCCUGGGGGAAAGCUCGGCCAGGCAGGCCGAGGAAGCAUCGGCCGGAGGAGGACAACUACCACGACGACCGGACCAAAAACCAGAAACCCCCCGGGGCCUCGUCUGGCCUGCCCACGGGACUCUUUGGUCAGUCGGGAGACGGUAACUCGGGGCUCAGCCGGCAGUCAGAGCUCCCCCGGCUACCGCAACCGCCAGCUCCCCGCAGCAGGGGGCGUCCCCCACGGAAGAAGCGCGGCCCCAAGCCCCGGCUGCCCGAGGGUUCCGGAGACGCCCUGCCAAUGCUUCCCCAGGCACCCAGGCCGUGUGAACCGCCACCCAUGCACAGGCCACGCUUCAGCGAGAGCAGCGACGACGAGGAGGAUGAUGAGGAGAUGCAAGCCUGUUCGCCUCCCAUCCUUACCAAACCCACACUUGGCCUCAAGUGCAAGAAACCUUUGAGGAAACGUCGAAUGCGGCAGCAGAGUCAUCCACACAGUAGUGUCGUAACCGAAACAAUUUCCGAGACGACAGAAGUCCUGGACGAGCCCUUUGUGGACUCUGACACUGAGCGACCAAUGCCCCGCCUUGAAGAGGAGACGCCACUGCGCCGUUAUCCAGCUGCCCGCUCCGCCCUCAAUCACAGUGACCCUGCGCCUAAAAGGAGCCGACCACACUUAUCGGAUGAGUCAGAUGAUGAUGAUGCCACUCCUGUGCUGAAGCCUGUUCCCGGUCUGAGGAAGCCAGAGCCAUCGGACCUGACUGACCGAGGAGAGCCUCCUGCCCCGACCCCCGAGGUCCCAGUGAAGAAGAAGAAAGGCUGGCCCAAGGGCAAGGCGCGCAAGCCCUUACACUGGAAGAAACGGCCGGGGAGGAAGCCCGGCAGCGGGGCCAACCAGCAAGCCACAGACGCAGCCCAAUCCGGGGACCCGCCGCCACCCAAGAUCAAGAUGAAGCCGGGCAGGAAGCCCCGCAGCUGGUAUGAGCAGCGUGCUCGAGAGGAAGCCGCCCGGUUAGAGCUGGAGAGAGGCAUGCUGGGACAGCAGCAGUCGUCACCGCCCGACGUCAGGCGGCGGAGCCUGACCUCAGAACUAGGACACGACAAGCGCAAGGAGUCCGACGAUGACGACUUCAAGCCAGUUGAGCCGCCUAAGCCCAGGAGGAGAGGCCGCCCGCCCAAGAACCCCGCCGCUCGCCUGCCCCCGCCACCGCCACCACCCAAGCCCCCCAUCUCUGAGCCUGAGGAGGAGGAAGAGGAGGAAGAUGAGGAGGAGAGGAGUUGGGCCCAGGACAAGCCUAGCCGACCGCCUUCGCGCAACAUGUUACCCGCAUCCUCCACCAACUCUCGGUUAGCCCAGUCGCGCCCCGAUAUGGACAUGGGGGACGGUGAUGAAGAGGAGGAGCGAGAGGACGAAGAGUGCGAGCGGAGGCCUGCCGUGACCCCUGGCUCGGGUAGUCGCCGCAGCGACGACCAUGACGCAGACGACGAGGGGGACGGCCACCUGGAGGAGAAGAGCGACAGCGGCAGCAGCAGCAAGAGGCGGAAGGAGCCGGACUCUGAGGAAGACGAGGAAGAGGAGGAAGAUGAGGAGCCAGCCACACCUGUGCGAUCGCCGCCCGUGAAAGAGGAACCCCAGAGUGGAGACACUUUUUUAGGCAUGCAGGGGAGCGUGGGGGCCAGGGAGUACGUGAGCAAGCAGGAGGAAGAGGACGAGGAAGAGGACGAGGAGGAGGAAGAAGAAGCCGAUGAGGUGCAGGAGGUGAAAGCCCGUCCAGCGGACUCACCGGAAGAGCGGCGGCGGCGUGAGGCGGAGGAAUCCUCUGCGGCCGCCGCCGCUGCCGUGGAGACGGUGACGGCCAUCGGCGUCCCAGAUGAGCCUCUGGAGCUGCAGCCCCUCCACGCCGAGGACAAAGCGGUGCUGAUGCUGCAGGCCGAGCAGCAGCACUCGCACUCCCACCCGCACCCCCACGCCCUCCCCCACCAGCACCCGCACGCCGACUACAAGGACGAGAUGGCCCACGGCCACCACCACCACCAUCACCACCACCACCAUCACCACCACGCGCAUCACCCGCAGCACAGCAGCGAGCUGGACCUGGAGACGGUGCAGGCCGUGCAGUCGCUCACGCAGGACGAGGCCCAGGACGAGGAGGCCGAGCCACACCCGGCCACUUCGGCCGCCGCCGCAGCCUCCUACCAGGAUUGCGAGGAGACCCUGGCCGCCUGCCGCACGCUGCAGAACUACGGUGAGCCCGAGGACGACGCGCUGGCCUUGGUGGAGGACUGCGGAGCAGCCGCUGCCCCAGUCACUGCCCCCUCCUCCCAACACAGCAGCCCGCUCCCCAACCCGCCCAUGCCGCCAUUGCCCGGGCAGUCGGUGCGCUCCGUCAACAGCCCCAGCAUGACCCCGGGCCCUCUAGAGUCGGGGCAGCAGGGGGGAGUGCCCGGCGCCCCGUCCGGAACGGGAGGAGGUGCGGGGGGUGGCAGCGGCUACACUCAGAUCACCCCAGAGCACCCCGGCUCACUGUCUGCCCCGUCGCUGCAGAACAUGGAGACGUCGCCGAUGAUGGACGUGCCGUCGGUGUCGGACCACUCCCAGCAGGUCGUGGACAGCGGCUUCAGUGACCUGGGCAGCAUAGAAAGCACCACAGAGAACUACGACAACCCCAGCAGCUACGACUCCACCAUGGGUGGAGGCAACGGAAGUGGGAAUGGGGGCGGCCUUUCGGCCGCCGCCGCCGUGGCAGCUGCCUCUUCGUCGGCAGCCUCGUCUUCCUCGUCGUCGUCCUCCAGCUCGGCCGCCCCGUCUUCCUCGUCCUCGCAGGCCAGCAGCUGCUCGUUCGUGUCCACCCCCGCCCCUGUGGGCUCCCAGCUGGGCAUGGGCAGCUGCAGCCUCAUCCAGCAGGCCGGCCCAGGGCCUAACAGCAGCAGUGCCCCCAACAGCGGUGCUGGAGGGGUGCCUCAGCCACCCCCACCGCCUCCGCCCCCCUCGGCCAACACGCCCGGCUGCGGCAUCAAGUCCCCGCAGAGCUGCGUCAUCGAGAGGCCGCCCAGCACCAACCAGCAGCCCCAGAAAAAGGUGCCUCAACAGCAGCAGCAGGCGCCAAACACCCAACCCCAGCCUCCACCCUCAGCUCCCCCACCCACUCCACAGCAGCAGCAGCAGCAACAGCAACAGCAGCAGCAGCAGCAGCAGCAGCAGGCACUGUCCCAGUGCAGCAUGGGAAACGGUUUCGGCUCCACGCCCAUGAUCAUGGAGAUCCCUGAGAGCGCUGGCGGAGGUGGCGGAGGCCGCAGCCUCUACAUGAGCCAAGACUUUGGUGCAGGUGGCUACGGGCAGCCCUCGGCCACAUUUAGCCUGGCCAAGCUGCAGCAGCUCACCAACACCAUCAUGGACCCGCACGCCAUGCCGUACUCCCACUCGGCUGCCGUCACCUCCUACGCGUCCAGCGUGUCCCUGUCCAACUCGGGCCUGGCCGGCCUCGCCUCCAGCCCCCACCCGCCUCUGGCCCAGGGCCAGGCCACCAUGACGUCGGCGCCCAACCUGAGCUCGGGCUCUAUGAACCUGGGCUCGUCGCUGCUCCAGUGCAACAUGGCCGGCGCCAACAUCAGCCUGGCGCCACCGCCCCACACGCAGCGGCUACAGGGCCAGAUGGCCAAGAGCCACAUCUCCAUCCGCUCCAAGGCCUCGCAGCUGCCCGCCGGCUCCCCGCACCAGCAGCAGCUGUAUGGCCGCAGCACGGGGCCCGUGACCAUGCAGGGCUCGCCGCGUCCCCUGACCGUGCAGCGCAGCAUGAUGCCCAACCUCAUGCCCACGCCGGCCGCCUACAACUCCAUGAACAUGAACCCGCUCAACGCCGCCAUGUCGGCCAGCUACCGCAUGGCGCAGCCCAUGAUGAAUAGCGGUUACCACGGCAACCCCCCCUACAUGAACCAGCCGGCACAGUAUCCCAUGCAGAUGCAGAUGGGCAUGAUGGGUGGCCAGGCCUACCCGCAGCAGCCUAUGCAGCCCAAUCACCAUAGCAACAUGAUGUACACGGGCCCCUCCCAUCACAGCUACGCCGGCGUCCCCAAACAGUCGCCCUACAUGAGCAGAUGAGCAGCGGCGGGAGAGGAGACAUUACCCCACAUCAGCCCUCUCCUCUGCUCUGGACCAGGCAUCUCUGUACUGACUCCUAUGUUUCCCCCCACCCUCCAAAGCCAGACUGAGUGAAUGUGGUGGGGUGGAGGUGGGGGGCCCUGCACACAGCCCUGCCUGCACACACAGCAGUGCAGAAACAGGAAGAGCAGACACGGGGAGGGGAUUUCAACUAAAGGGACUGUGAUGUUUGUUGUUUUUGUUUACCCUUUAUUUUGUAUGUCGUAAGUCUUUUCUUUUGUUCUGUUUUUGUUUUUGUUUUGCUUUGUCCCCUCCCUAAUCCUUCCUGCAGAUACACGUGUGACCCUGCCUGAGCAGGCUGUGCUGGGGUCGCCGGCUGGUGGGACUGGUUAGACGCCGUGGUAAAUGGACCGUCAGUGGGACAGACUCGCGGGGACUCCAUGGGGCCUGAGCCUCCUCUGCUCACCACACUUAAGUCCCGAGGCGCGCCACUCCAUCCAUGGAGAGCGCAGAAGAGGAGGACAGGAAGAAUUCUCCUCUGUGGUGGCCCAUAUGGGAUGUGAGGACUCUUCCCGAGCUAGAUAUGGGGGGGGAAAAAAGAAAGACAGACAUAAGUGGUUGUCAAAUGUUAAUCUGACCAUUCACACAAUCUUUCAUUGACAUAGGAAGCCUUACCUUGAGAAUGGGGGAAGAGUUGAAAUUUAAAUGGACAUUUUGUUUUUGUUCUUUUCUAUUGGUAUAUAAUUUUUAAUACAUUUAUCUUGUUUUGUCUCUUUUGACGACCAUUGAAAUUCUUGUGUUCGUCCAACCUCAUGCUUUGUAUGUAUAAUUUUUUUUUUUUUUACUUUGUUCAGGUGAGCGUGUGUGUGUGUGUGUGUGUGUGUGUGUGUGUGUGUGCGCACGCGCGUGUGUGUGUGCGCGCGUGUGUGUGUGUGUGUGCGCGUGUGUGUGUGUGUGCGCGUGUGCGUGUGUGUGUGUGUGGCUGUGUGUGUGGCUCAAGGUGGCACCCAUUUGCUCUGAUGCAUCCACGUGCUGGAGUACAGACACACAUGCACACAUCUCCAUUGCCACUUUGAAAGCCAAGGUGGAGGCACUUCUGUGUUUGAUGGGGUGGAGGGAGCGGGGUGUGGGGUGGGCUUGGGUUUUGGGGACUCUAGUGGGGAAGUCCAGUGGGUGGGCCAUUCAUGGUGUUUGGAAUCCUUGUCUUCCCGCUGUAGGGUGGCGCUGAGUCAGGUCCCAGCCGAUGGAGCUGGCCCCACUGCGGAUGCUUCUGCCUCUGUAAUGUAGUCUUAUGUCCAUUUUUUUUUUUUAUAUGAACAAGUAGCGUUAUCAGUUACGUUUAGACUGGACAGCAGAAUUGCCUGUGAAAAAAAAGAAGAAAUAAGAUGUAAAUAUUCUGGUACUUCCUAGUUCACAGCACAGUCUCCCCUCGGUGGCAGACUUGGGACAUGCAACGCUCACACACUUUUUCCAACACACUCCAUGCACAAGAGCAGAGAGCUUGGCCUUCUGAAAUAGGGUCUCCUGCCCCAGUAGAACAUCAUCUUCCAAACAUGAGGAUAAGGGGUUGGUCAUCCCAUGAUGGAACGGUAACUGCUUUACAGAGAAUAAACCUGUUUGAGACUGCACCAGUAUGUGUCUUCACUCUUUGACUAACAGGGCCACGAAGAACAGGCUACACCGAUGUACCAGUAACACACAUCUGGCAGUACGGCUGCCCUCCAUAUGCCUAGAGGGGCACAGACCAUUAGCCAUGAGGGGAAAUGGACUAAAACUCAACAUGUGCCCACAAGGCACAUCAACACACACACACACACACGUGCGCACUUACACACACAAACUCACACACCAGGAUGUUGGUUGGUGUGCAUGUCGUCUGGGGUCGUCUCCUGUUUAGGGACAGGGGGGAGGGUCCCCUUCAUGUUCCAGUAUUCAAUGUCAAUUGAGGAUUUUUUUUCUUACAAAUCUGAUGUUUCAUAUAUUAUUUGUGUGUAUUGUUUUUGUUUUGUUUUAAUUUUCUGAAUUUUAUCAGACUGGGCAGCUUUCUUUUAUGAUACAAGCUGACUCUUUUUGACUUUAGAAACGUAUUGUAGAGAACAAUGUUUUUUCUAUAAUAUAAAAAAGAAAAAUUCUGACAUUGAUAUUGGUACUGUCAUUUUUUUCACUUCUGUUUCAGGAAAAACAAUACAUAUUUUUUAGCUUGACUCUUGGGGUAAUAUUAUUAAGAAAUUCAAAACUUAAAAAAAUACAACUCACUUUUAGUGACUUUAAGAUGCCUUUAACCUCUCCAUUCCAUCUCAUCUUUAGAGUUUUCUAUCUUUGUGUAGUAUAUUAAUGCUAUUUUAAAACAGAAGGAAAAAAUAAAUAUCUAAAGGUCACUUAGCGUUCUUUUUUCUUUUUGUUUUGGACUUUUCGUGUGUGUAUAGGAUGACUUCCUUACAUCUAAGAGGCAUGUAAAAAUGAGCUCAGUAUAUUUCUGUCUGUUUAUAUUGCUUCCCUUUUUGUAUCCUUUGUAAUUGUACAUGGUGAGUUGUAAGCUAAGAGAGAGCGCGAUAGACAAGGAGCGAGGAGGGCCUGACGCUCAUAGAGGGUCGAUUGCGUCCGACUUCCUCUCCUCUCUGUUUCGUCCCUGUAUGUAUUUCCAUUUAUUCGUUUUUUUCUUUCUAGCAAGUACUUUCAAAGAACUCUGUACAUUUUAACAUGAAACAAAAAUAAAUUAUGUUGAGCCAUUUCA